UUUAUCUGGUUUGAUAUUUCCGAAAAAAGAAAAAUACCGACCUCUGAAUUAAUAUAGUAAUAUAUGACAAAAAUUAGAUGUGACAAAUUGUGAUGAUAUAAAAAUUUUUCUUGCCCUCUGGAAACCUCCACAGAGGUCCAAUUAUUUAACAAUAAAUUUAUCCAUCUCACGGUGUUACUCGCUCUUAAGAUCUGACGUAUAGCAAGAUGGCUGACGUCAGAUAGUGAAAUUUGGUGAUAACGAGUACUCAAAGUGUUUUUGCAUCGUAAUUCUGUGUUUUAUAAUCGGUGAGCAGGAGCUAGCGAUGUUUCAAGACUGUACGCGUCUCAGAAAUUUGUUUUAUACUGUUUAGGCAUAUGGUGCUUGUAAAUAUCAUUCUUAAUAUGAAUGGUUUCUUAGCAUCAUUUUCUUGAACUACAUCUAAAGGCAAAUCAUGUCACAGUGUGAAGUGGAGGCUCCGACUCCCGGGUUCCACCAGCUCAGCAUUACCGUUGAAGCAGCCCUAUUGCGCAAUUCAUCAUUUUUGAAGCCAAAUCCAUAUGUUGAAUUUUCGGUGGAUGACAAAAGCCCCCGUAAAACAGAAAUUGCUAAAUCUACAUAUCAACCUAAGUGGGUAGAAAAAUUUACAAUUCUUGUGACUCCCUACUCUCAGCUACAUUUCAAGCUGUUGGAUCACAGUACUUUUCGUAAAGAUGCUUUAAUUGGAGAGAAACGUAUAAACUUGUUCCAAGUUCUAUCCUAUUAUAGUGGAAAGUUGGACAAUGUAGAAUUGACUUUAGAUUUGAUGAGUGAAAAUAAGCAUGAUGUCUAUAGCCCACCGUCAAAGGUUGGAGAGUUAGUGACCUUGUUUGAUGGACUGAAAAUUGACAUGAACGAAGUGACACCACCGAACACAUUUGAACAAUUUCGAUACAAUCCAAGCAUUGCUAGCGGAGCUGUAACACCGUUAGGAUCCUCGAAUAGUGAUUCCACGAAUAAUAGAAGUAUCCUAAAUGGUGGUGUAAGAGGCCGCAUGAGAUCGCAUGGUACAGAGAACGCAGCACCUCCUGUUCUUCAGCCAGCAAUGCACCGCAGUUCUACAAAUAUUCUUCAUAAUCCUAGUCAUAAUGCAAAUCAGCCCACCAAUAACACUAACAGCACUCAAAUUGUUGGCCUAACAUCUCCGAUGGCUAAUGGAAUUAGCAAUCAUCUUGUCGCAGAGAGUACCAGUGGAACUACUGGACCACCACUUGGACAGCCAGCAUCUGCAGGACCAUCUGGCAUCCCCGGGGAAGUUGAAAAUGGCAAUCAGCCGGAAGAGCCUCUACCUGCUGGGUGGGAAAUGAGAUACGACGUUUAUGGCAGAAGAUAUUAUGUGGAUCACAACACUCGCAGCACGUCUUGGGAAAGGCCACAGCCAUUGCCACCAGGUUGGGAAGUCCGAAGGGAUCCUAGAGGCAGAAUUUAUUAUGUAGAUCACAAUACGAGGAGCACUACAUGGCAGAGACCUAACACAGAAAGGCUACAACAUUUUCAACAUUGGCAAGGAGAGCGGCAACAUGUUGUCCAGCAAGGAAAUCAAAGAUUUCUUUAUCCUCAGGCUCACGGUGGUCAAGCUGCAGUUGCUGGACCUUCGACAGCCGUUGUUGAAGAAGAUGAUGCGCUGGGGCCACUACCUGCCGGUUGGGAAAGACGCAAACAGCCUGAGGGACGAGUUUAUUAUGUCAAUCAUAAAAAUCGAACAACUCAGUGGGAAGAUCCGAGAACGCAGGGACAAGAGACUGGAAUGGAUGAGCCUCCUUUACCUGAUGGUUGGGAGAUUAGAUUGACAGAAGACGGGGUGCGAUAUUUCGUUGACCACAAUUCAAGAAGUACAACAUUCCAAGAUCCAAGACCAGGGGCACCUAAAGGACCAAAAGGCGUCUACGGAGUACCGAGAGCUUACGAAAGAUCUUUUCGUUGGAAGUUGUCACAGUUCCGGUAUUUGUGCCACAGCAACGCUCUUCCUAGUCAUAUAAAGAUCAGCGUUACUCGGCAAACCUUAUUUGAAGAUUCUUACCAUCAGAUCAUGAGAUUACCAGCUUACGAAUUAAGGCGAAGAUUGUACAUUAUUUUCAAGGGUGAGGAAGGUUUGGAUUAUGGUGGAGUGUCUAGGGAAUGGUUCUUCCUGUUGAGUCAUGAAGUUCUGAAUCCCAUGUAUUGUCUCUUUGAGUAUGCAAACAAAAGUAACUACAGCCUACAAAUCAACCCAGCAUCCUACGUGAAUCCCGACCAUUUACAGUAUUUUAAAUUCAUCGGCAGGUUCAUUGCGAUGGCUCUUUAUCACGGUCGUUUCAUCUACAGUGGAUUCACAAUGCCUUUCUAUAAACGAAUGUUGAACAAGAAGUUGAUUAUGAAGGAUAUCGAAUCAAUAGAUCCUGAAUUCUAUAACUCCCUUGUAUGGAUAAAAGACAAUAACAUAGAUGAUUGUGGUUUAGAAUUGUAUUACAGUGUUGAUUUUGAAAUACUUGGACAAGUAAUCCACCACGAGUUGAAGGAUGGUGGUGAUAAAAUUAGAGUCGUUGAGGAAAACAAGGAGGAGUACAUGAGACUGAUGACAGAAUGGCGAAUGACGCGAGGGAUCGAGGAACAGACCAAAGCUUUUCUGGAAGGAUUCAACGAGGUCGUACCUCUUGAGUGGCUCAAAUAUUUUGAUGAACGAGAACUAGAGCUCAUGCUUUGUGGUAUGCAAGAAAUUGAUGUCGAUGAUUGGCAACGAAGUGCUAUUUACAGGCAUUAUACUCGUAGCAGUAAACAAGUGCUCUGGUUUUGGCAGUUUGUGCGAACAACAGACAGUGAAAAAAGAGCCAGGCUGCUUCAGUUUGUAACUGGAACGUGUCGUGUACCGGUUGGCGGAUUUGCUGAACUAAUGGGGAGCAAUGGACCACAAAGAUUUUGCAUAGAAAAGGUGGGCAAAGAUACGUGGUUGCCUAGAUCGCAUACAUGUUUCAACAGGCUAGACCUUCCGCCAUACAAAAGUUACGAUCAAAUGGUCGAGAAGCUGAACUAUGCCAUUGAAGAAACAGAAGGCUUUGGUCAGGAAUGACCGCUCAGAGUUUUGAAAUGAGAAAUGAAUGAAGUCAAACUGCACCAGAGUGCAUUGCACACUUAGGAACCAAACGUUAAAGUUGUAUAAAUACUUCGUUACAUUAAUAAUUAAUUGUAUACAAUAGGAAGUCUAUAGUCUUCUUGCAACGCCGGCGGAAUCAAUGAAACUCUUUACUUAUUUUCACGGUAGCUACAGUGGUGCUGAACCUUUUUUUAAGAAUAAAAAUAUCCCUCUCAGCAUGAUCAUCUUCAAUAAUAGUAUAUCUCAAAUACGGGCUCGAUCACUACUGGUAGUUGAUGAAGAAAUAUAUCGGAAUUUUCGCAUCUACUGAUAUUCGUUUUGUUUGUGUAAAUUUUUUAAAAUAUGUCAGUAUAGCCAGAUCUCAUCUUAUUCUAUCAAACCUUUGAUCUCUGGUCUGCUCCAUCUUAUAAAUAAGCUGCGAUUCGAGAGAUCUAGUAAUAUUUGUUCCACCGACAUUGCAUUUUGACUGAAGCAUUUGAAAUAAGAUACAUAGCUGUGGUAGCCAAAAUUAGGCGCGAUUUGUCCCAUGAAACAGUAUUUGGGAGACUUAGCCAAAUGUUGAGGAAUUUUGAUUGAUAUGCGUAGAAACUGUCGAAAAAAACAACUUUUCUCAAUUGAAAUUGUGUGAUUGCACAGCAGCCUACCAUCCUAAAAAUAUUAACAUUUCGUUGAUGUGCCCCGAAAAGUUGUAAACUAAUUCCAAUAAAUGACACAUCACUGCAUUCCAAUGAAACAGCGAAACACCACGAUUUCCAUUCAGCAGGGAGUUCAGUCGAGAACAAGUAUCGUCCGUCUUUGGUGAUUAUGUUAAUUAGCUAAUGAGAUUAUUUGAUGCUUUCUAUGUCCCACCAAUCUGGAGUUUAAAUUCCUCGUGAUAAUAAAUAUUGUACAUAAUGGAACUACGUAUAAUAAUUUGUGGUAUCUUUCAAGUUAUUGGCAAGCAAUGAUUUUAAAUAAAUAAUUAUCUGCCCUAUAGGUAUGUAUGCUGGAAUAAUUGGUGUUAAUUUUUGAAAGGAAGUAUCAUCUACUUUGCUGACAAUUACUCGCAGCAAAACAUAAUUAAUGAUCGUUUAAUUCAACAAUUAUUGUUACAAUAGGCAGAUUGGAUUGAAAAUAAAUUCGUCGCUUGUUAAUCACCGUACACAUAUACAUAUAAAUAUAAUUAUAUACAUAUAUAUACAUAAAGUUCAUGGAAUAAAGCACCUCUGUGGAUUUAUUUUUUGAUUCACUUACUUCUUUUUAUGAAACUUUGCAACAUAAUUGAUGAUCAACUUAUUCGAUCGAUUAUAUCUACUUACGAGGUGAUAGAAAUAUUUAUCUUCUAAUAUCAUUUUAGCGAGUAAAUUUACUUCUUUACAAUUUUAACGUAGUUAUUUUUGUUAGAUUUAUAUUAUUAUACGUCGUACGAGUUUUGUUAUUUGUUGACAACAGUAUUUGCUGCAACUAGAAAGCAGCUGUAACUUCAUACAUCCGAAAAACAUCUCAUGUGUAUCGAUUUAUAAGUCUUGAAUUGUUACCUUCGUCAUGUUAUUUCGCCGAUCGCCUAAUAUUGUUCAUAUAAAUUAGCAACGUACGAGACACUGCUCUUAUUUCCUUACCAAAUUAUUGAUGAGUUAAUAGUGAUUGUAAAAUUUCGAUAAUAUUAUCAGAACCUUGCCGAUUGAACUGUUUGUAAUUUGAAAACUUUAUCCUGAGUAAUGUAACAAUUUAUUUAUUUUUUUACAUUAUAUUAGCAGUGACUUCUAACCGUGAAUCAGUAGCUGUAUAUAGCUGUAUUUGACUUUGUAAUUAAAUUUUGAAGUAUAGGAAUAUUUAUUAUCCAGGUUUACCUUUGUUUCGAGAUGCACUAUACAGUUUAAUUUAUAAAUUGCCAAAUAAUAAUUAUUCCAUUCUCGUACGAGUAUAUUUUUGAAAUUAGAAUGAGUUAUUUUUUUGCUGAGAAGGAAUAUGGUACAGUCAUACGUAGAAUAGUACAAUGGAUUUUAUUAGAUUGUAUAUAAUUAUGUAACAUGUACAGAGCAUAAAAACAGUGAAUAAAUUUUUAGCUGGAAAAUAUAA